AUGCUAAAUGCAUAAGUAUCAGUAAAUAUAUAAAAGAAUUUAUCGCAUUGCGAAUGUUAGUAGCAUAAGAGUUCCAUAUAAGAAUGUAUCGAAGAGUUUGAUACAAGAGUUUAGUACGAGAGUUCGUCACUGAUAUCAAGGUAAUGAUCAGUAUUGUAAAGACGUGAUUCGAUGAUUUCAGAAUCAGAAGAACAGGAUACUGAAGAAGAUUGAGUUUAAUUAGACGGUUUAUCACGUUAAGGAACGAUGUUUAUUAUUAUAUUGCUAUUAUCUAUUCUUAUUUUAUUUCUGUAUCAUUAUUAUGUACAUUAUGGAAGAAUUGGACGACUCAUUAAUCUUAUACCAGGACCACCGUGCUCUCUGAUUUCUGGCCAUGCAUUAAUAUUCCUUGUUUCAUCAGAGAAACUAUUGAAAUUGUUUAAUUCCAUACUUGAUAAGUACUAUCCCAUUGUAAGAUUAUGGUAUUUCUUCAGGCCCUUUGUAUCUAUUCGUCAUCCAGAUGAUAUGGAGACGAUACUAAGCAGCACCAAGCACAUCGAGAAAAGUAGUAUGUAUCUCAUAUUACAUCCUUGGUUCGGAACAGGUCUCCUCACUAGCACAGGUGCCAAAUGGCAAUUGCGACGGAAGAUAUUAACACCUGCAUUUCAUUUCCAUAUAUUGAAUCAGUUUGUUGAUAUCUUGAUCAAAGAGAGCGAUCACAUGAUAAAGUCUAUAAAGGAUGAAGAAGGAAUAAUUGUAAAAGAUUUAAUACCAUUUAUUAGUAAACAUACGUUGAAUGCGAUAUGCGAAACUGCCAUGGGUAUCUCUCUGCACGAUCUUGGCGCGUUCCAGCAAAAGUAUCAAAAGGCGGUUCACGAGAUAAUCGAUCUUUUUAUUUAUAGAUUAAUAAGGAUUUGGCUCUAUAACGAUGUGUUAUUCGCUUUGUCGCCAUCGGGAAGAAGACAAAGAAAGAUCCUUAAGAUAUUGCAUGGAUUUACGGAAAAAAUCAUUGCGGAAAGGAAAUCUUACCACGAAAACACCAAUGGUCGAUACUUGAAAAAUCUUGAAAGUGACAAAAAAGCGGAGAUGGAUGAUGUAGAAGUGUUCGGAAUUAAAAAAAAACGGCUGGCCAUGUUGGACCUCUUAAUAGCAAAGUCUCGAGAAGGACUUUUGACUGAUUUGGAUAUCAGAGAGGAAGUCGAUACUUUUAUGUUCGAAGGUCACGAUACUACAGCGAUGGGUAUAACGUUUGCUUUAUUAUUAUUAGCUGAACACAAAGAUAUCCAGGAACGUGUGAGGACUGAAGUCAAUACCGUGAUGCAAGAGAACGAAGGAAAAUUUACUAUAAGAUCACUGCAAAAUUUAUUAUAUUUAGAUAGAUGUUUAAAGGAAGCGCUACGUUUAUAUCCCAGCGUGUUUUUUAUAUCACGAUGUGCUGCGGAGGAUGUAAAACUACAGUCAUAUGUAGUACCUGCUGGGACAAUCAUACAUCUUAAUAUCUAUGGAGUUCACAGAGAUCCUAAUUUUUGGCCAAAUCCAGAAGUAUUCGAUCCGGAUAGAUUUUUGCCCGAAAGGGUCCUGAAUCGCCAUCCGUAUUGCUAUCUACCAUUCAGCGCAGGACCGCGGAAUUGCAUAGGUAAAUUGUUGACGAUUUUCAUUUCUGUCAUGUCAAUAGUUUCCGAUACACUUCUAAUUGCAGGUCAACGGUUCGGUCUGUUGGAGAUGAAAGCUAUAAUAGCUCCUCUGGUGCACAAUUUUUAUUUGGAACCUGUUGAUUAUUUAAAAGAUCUUCGAAUAAGAGCCGAUAUAAUACUUCGUCCUUCUCAUCCGGUUCGUGUGAGAUUUGUUCCGAUCAAAUGCUAACAAUUGUUUGAAACAGAUACUAUAAGAAUGUAAAAAAUUAAUAUAUUGCAAAAAUGAAAGAAAAUAUUAUUACGUAAAUAUUAUGUUUAAUCAUGAAAAUAUACACACAAAAUGUCUUAUAAGUCAGAGUCACAAGUCCUUAUGUGCUCAAAUUCAUCAAAUUUAUUCAAUUGCGUAGGAUUUUUUAUCAUUAUAUGCAAUGACAAUAAAAACGAAAAUAUAUAUAAUAAUAUAUGAAACUAAUAAAAUAAUCGUUUUUCUGCAUUUCAUUCAGCGAAGCGAUGUAGGAAUAAAAAUAUUUUACUUGGAAGCAGAAACUUGGAUGUGCCUAAUAUAAGUUUGUUUAUAGUAAGAAAAUUUCUUGUAUUUCUACAUGUGUUAGAAGAAUGAAUAUUUGGGUAAACGUAUCAAUUUCUGUAUAAAAUUGAUUGAACAAAAAUACGCGUUUUU